AAUUCGCAAUGUUUGUGAUUUUAAGAGCAUUUUUUUAGAACUCACUGAGAUUGAAUUGGUUAUUUUGCAAAAUAUCCUCGAAAUCGAAUACCGUGAUCUUGAGUAUGUUGUGAUAGAAGUCUGGGCAAACAAUCUCGUUGAUGAAAAUGACAUCCUUUUCAAGGGCUUCUUAAAUGAAGAUGAUCGGGCUCAAAAAAUCACCAACAUUGCGAAUUUGAUUCAUGUUAUUCCAUUCAAAUAUAAAAGGCUCCUUUUAUCUUUUUUUCCUAACAUCGAUGAAGAUAAAUAUCUUUCGGCAUAUUCUAGCAGUUUUAAAAUCAAUUUUUUUCUUGGAAAAUCAAAAGAUCUGCAACCAAACAUCGAAAUACUCGAGAAUGAUAUUAAAAAUGCGGAAUUCAUGUUGCUUUAUGAUACACCUUCGAAAUUAGAACUGACUCAUUGGAGUAAUUUUAAACUUCUUGGGUUUCCCAGUGGUAUCUCUUUUUUAUACGACUUAGCUGGAUCAUCCGAACGUUUAGAUGAUUUUGUGGAUAAAUUUAAUUCUCAUUAUCUUGAUUUUAUACGAUUUUAUCUUGAAAUGGAUGAGAAUAGCGAUGAAUAUCAAUUUGUUUGCUUAUUUCAUAUCAUUUUCGUGGUAUUCAAUACGUUAGAUGAUCAAAAUCUGGCAACUUUUUUUUCUGACUUGAAAAAAAAAAGAUUCCCUGAAGAAGUGCUCAAUAUUUAUGAAAAAAAGAUGGGAUUCGUGUCGCCUCCCUCUUAUGAUGAAUCGAAAAGGAUUGCUAAACCGCUCGAAUUGUCUCCUAUAGGCUAUGACAGUCUCCUAAUCAUAGCCAUGCAAAGAAAAACUCUUUCAUCCGAUCUUUUCACAUCAGAUGCGCAUUUUAUGCUCUUUAGUGAUGCAGCUUUUUUUCAAGAGAAAUUGAAAUCAAUCGUGUCCAUUGAUGAGCUUUUUUCUGGGUUUCCCCUGAAAGCCUUAAAAGAUCCAAAGCUUCUUGCUCAAAUAUUGCUCUGUGGGUCCAUUAAGGAACUCUGGACUUUUUUUAUAGUUAAUGACGAAAAAAUCCCAGAGUUGCUUGAUCUUUUGUGGUCCCAUUUCAUUACAACCUUUUAUUGCGAGUCUCCCCUUUUGAAAAAAACUCCUUUUUGCGUGGCUCAGGCCGAAAAAAAAGAAGCUUUUACUCAAAAAAAAAAAGAUCUUCGCCUAGUGAACCAUUACUUGUCACGGUGCACGACAAAGUUUUCAUUCUCAUUGAGUUUUUUACUGGAUCUCCCUUAUGGAAGGUCAUAUGUCCUGCAAGAGGGAAUUGCUGGCGGAAAGACCACGCGUUUCGGUCCCGCUGCCGCAAUUGUAGCAACUUCCAUUUUAAGGAAACUGCCAAUCUUUAUUUUCCCCAAUUCCAUCUUCAAUCAGAACAUUAUGCAACUGCGGCAGUGGCUUUUUGAUUUUUUCGGGAAAAGCGUUUUCGAAUUCAAAUCAGAACGAUCGCCUUAUGGAUACAGCGGACCAUAUCUGCGCUAUCUGUACUAUCGCCUUACAAUGGCCUAUGAUCGCGGCGAUGUGUUCGUGUCUUCGAUGAACAGCAUCCAAUGCCUGCUGAAUGCUAGGAAGGAACUGCUUUUGCAAAACACGGAGGCGUCAAAAAGGUCUCUUGAUUGGGUUUUGGGGAUCUUGCAUUUCAUUGAGCACUACUCGAUAUUUGUGCUCGACGAAGCAGACGAAAUCAUGGAUGUUUCCGUUUUGUACAACUUUGACACCAAUGAGGCCGAUCAAAAGGACUGGAAAGUCAUUGAUGUGCUUAUUGAGUGUUUCCUGUUUUUGAGACACAAAAAGGUAUUCGAAUCGCAAACUGGAGCCCCGAUCACCAUUUUUGAGAUCAAGGAGCCUCUUACGCAGUCUACUGCCGUGUCCUUCAAAGAUACAUUGAACAAGGUGCUUGAGAAGAUUUUGAGAAAGACGAGAAAGAAAACUCGCGCGUUGAUCGUUGAUCACCUUUUUGUCGAUUGCUGGAAAAAGGUCCGAAAUGUGGGGUAUGGAGCAUCUAUGGAGUCCCCGGUUCCAUAUCCAAUCCCAUAUUCGAUGGCAAAUACACCGAGGGAGGGAAGCAGCUUUGGAAACUAUCUGUUUCUGAUUGCGAUUUCGCUCAAGUUUUACCUUGAAAACGAGAUGAAAGAUCUGAGCGGACCUCCUUUAUUCUUUACUGAGGAAAAGAUUUAUUCUAUCCUGGAGCUUUAUUGUGAUUAUGACGAGCUAGAAGAAAUCAAAAUGGAAACCAAAUCAUCUUUUGCAGAGUGUUUCAACCAUUUCAGGGAAAAGAUAUACGAAAAUGACGACACUCUGAAGGUUUUUUUCAAGCAGGUCGUAAUUGAAAGUAUCAAGACAUCGCCUCAUAAUCACAAUAAAGCUCCAGGAU